AUGGAAUACUCAUCAGACUUAGCUGAGCCUGCUGCCUGUGUCUCAGUGCACCUCAACUUGAACUCGGUUUUUGGUUUACUUGAGGCAGAUGUUGGAAUGCUUAUAAGCUGGUAUGCUUCUAUCAAAUCCAUUGUUGUUAUGAGACCCAUUGUUGCAACAGCUCCAACUCGACUCUGGUUAUCAAUCACCCCGCUCUAUCAUACUCAGCCAUCUCGUAACACUCUUAGGAUGCCUAUUCGACAAAUGAACAACCCAUCAGCUUUGAUCCAAACGAUCCCAACUCUGGACGGCAAUUCGACACUUCCUCGUCCGAAUAACACCGACUCAAAGGAGAGCAAACUCGCUGUCCGAUCCCCGGAACAACGAGGCUACAACCCUGAGGACUACGGCGCCGACUGGGACACAUUGUCCGAUAUGGCGAUAUCGACAAUUCAGCUGACACUCUUGGUGGACCUCUCAAUUCGCUACGAAGGUGUCAAGCCUGCUCACAAACUUUUCUCGACCAUAUGUGACACAUACGAGAAAAAUACUCGAGCUAGGCGACUUCAACUUGAAGACGCUUUCUGGACGGCGCGACAAGAUCCGAAUCAACCGAUAGCAAAAUGGAUUGCUCGAGUCCGUAUAGCAGCCUCGGACCUCUCAAGUGUGAAGUUAACACCAGCCGACCAGCAGAUAUGCAAUCGACUACUGCGGGGCCUCGACGAGUCAUGGAAAACCAUACGAGACCACCUAGUCUACUCGCCGACUGAAAUCUCUUUAGACAAUACAAUUGGUGCCCUUGAGGCACAUGAGAUUUCAACCUCUACGACUCUUGACUUCACAAACUCAGAGCACGCCGCUGCUGCUGCAGCAAAGCAAAAAGGACAACCUCAUUGCUAUCGAUGCGGUGAAAAAGGCCACCACUCAACCGACUGUCCUAAUCAACAGAACAGGGUAAAGUUCAAAAACCCUGCGAAACAAUCCGAGGCGCGCGCGGGGGCGACUUCUGUGGCAACUCUAGGCAACUACACCUCAGGAGAUAAAGACGACAGCUUUGACGAUGAAAUUGACGUCUGGGGAUGA